CCAAUUGAAUAAUUAUAAGUCAGGUUAUUAGCAAUUGUUUCUACAAAAUGAAUAAGCGACAAUACUUUUGUCAGUUCGUUGCGUUCAGGUGAGUACAAUUGAAAAUAAUGUACUGUUUUCCAGCUGAGUGUGCAUUAUCAUCACCAAGUUAGCGUUGCCUUGUAGAUGCUACAACAUAAUAAUAAUAAUAUAUACAGUGUAUAGAUUUUAUUAUAACCAAAAACAGUAACUUUCCCUAAGCUUUUUUUUGAAUAUUCAUUAAUGUAUUAUUAUUAAAAACAACUGGAGCAAAGACAGGAAAGGCGGGAGAUUCAGAGCCUCACCUGCAUAUUCAAAAAUAUAUCUAUUAGGGGUGAGUCAAUGCAUAGAAGUCACUGUUCAGCACGUACCUUGGUACGGGGCUCACGGUUCUUUGGGAGGGGGUGUAAAAAUCAUUUCAAUUCUGUCAGUUGAUAUAAACAUCUUUGUGUAUAAAGUAAUAAUCUAUAUAUAGCGGAAAACAGACAAGACUGAAAAAGCAGUUUCUGCUCUUGCAUCCCUCUUUAAAAUAAACUGCUGUAUUUUAAGCCAAAAGAACUGUUGUGUUUGAUAGAACAAUAUGUCUAUAUGCUGCCAUGGCAGAUUCAUGGCGCAUUAAGCCCCCAAACUUUUUUUAAUUUGUCCGCUUUACCCUGGAAACCCCCGUUUUACAGACGUCGCUCAACCCCUUUUGUUUCAACCCAGCCAUAAAAAGAAGGUAAGUAAUUAUAUUUAUUAUUCAAGAUGUCUGUCAAUUUUAGCUUAGAAUCAUUGAUGUCUAAUAUUUCGUUUAAAGAAAAAAACAACUUUAAAAAAAAUUAUUGACUCACAUAUUUUAAACUUUUAAACAAAUUACAUCACAGUGGGAAAAAAAAAGGUGUCUGUAAAUAAGUCACGGUCGCAUUUGCCCCGAUAUGUUGGAUGAUAAUAAUUGAUCCAAACAAAGGAAAAAAAAAAAAAGUUUUAAGGGUAAAUACUGUUUAUGAAAAAGAACAUCUCGAACACUCCUUGAUGUCCGCGAUAUCUGCAUCGCGAUCCUUGUUAUAUUACUAUGUUUCACCCAUAAACUCCCCCCAAAAUGGCCAUUCACAUCUGUGUCUUGACAUUCGGUGAUACAUGCUCCAUGGAGUUUUAAAAUCGCGGCGUCUUUAAUUCUGCUCUCAUGCUCUCACCUCCAGUUAGGGUUUUGCUGUUUAAUUUUUUUUUUUUUAAAUGCACUCCUGUUCCAAAAAUUUCUUCCCCCAGAAAAUUGAGAUUUUAAGCUUUUCAAUGAUUUAUCACACGUGCAUAUCGGACAAUUUUGAAAUUUGGCCAAAUUGGGGGUCUCAGAGCGGAACUUCAAGUCACCUGAGUGUUUUCCACCAUAUAUACAGUAUAAUGAUAAUAAUCUUUGUUAGCUGUUUGUGGUUUUGUACUUGUAUGCUACGUUCACUUCCAUCCUGUGCAUCUCCUCGGGCCUAAGCCCCCCUGUUCUUAAAACCUAGUGACGCCCCUGGUCAUUCUUUUAUACUGUGUUGUGGUAUUUUAUCAGUGCUUAAGUCGCAGUGGCACCUCCAGAAUUUUUUCAUAGGGGUGGCCAGAUGGGGCCACUUAAAAUCUUGGGGUGGCACACCAAAACUAAAAGCCAUAAUUUCAGGUUUUCAUUAUAUUAUUGCAGUAAAAAGGUCAGGGGAAAUCUAUCAGAAAGACUUAAGGACAUGGCUACUGAUUUACUUUGGUGUAUUGUGUAAUAUUUGAUGUUACUAAUGAUUUAAUGUGCAUAGUCCAUAACUGUCCAGUCAACAUUUUGAGUUGCACAACAAUUCUGUUUUAUUGUGUUACGUAUAUAUUAGGCGUAAGGUGUACAUUUAACAAAACAAAAUAAUUACUGGGGAAAAGCAGGUGCUUGCAGAUUUGCAUUUGGGAUGAAAUGCAUAACUGAUGCUACAACAAUCCAACGAUUUAACGGUAAGCAGGGUGGCCAACAAAUUUACAAGGGGGGCCGUGGCCACCCCUGGACACCCCCUGGGGGCGCCACUGUUAAGUCGCCCUCAGAAUUGUGCAGCAAUGGCAUGUACAGUUGACCCCGCGACCCUUGUGAGGAUAAGCGGUUCAGAAGAUGAAUGAAUGAACAGUUGACUGCAGCAGGUCCAGAAAAUAGGCCCAGCUCACCGGCCAAGCAGCAUGGGGCACAGCAACAGCUUGAACAUGGAGUGACCAUGGACCCCACCAGGAUCGAGCAAACCAUGGAAAAUAAAAAAUAUAACUUAACAACAACAAAAAAUAAAUAAAAGCCAUACACUAUGUGAUUAAAAAAAAAAGAAACAGAAGCGCUGAAGUUUAAAACUGAAAUGGUCACAAAUAACCAACAUAAAAAGCUAGAAAAAUAAGAGUAUAAAAGUCCAUAACUGACCAAAUCGUUAGUAAAUUAAUAAUUCAUAUUUUUAAAUAAAUUUAUAGAGACAUACACAUUAAUACCUAAUUUAAAAAUGUUGGUCUUGAGCAGUUUAUUUAAAAACGAGAAUAUUCUCUGGUCCAUAAACAGGUGACUUUGUCUGCCGUAACCAUAGCAAACUGUAACUGUAGUAGUUUUCAGCUGGCCAAACUACGAGUAUACUUCAGAUUAAAGGUGGUAAAACUAAUUCCGCCCGACUGUUUAUUGACUUCUCGAGGCGUUUAUUUUAUUUUGAAAGGUUUAUCCGGAACUGCCUCAUUUUACAAGUAUCCAUUGACUCAUACGCUUGCGAAACUCCCAAUGUUAUCUCAACCCAAGAAACUUCUUAGUCGGACGCUAAGUUUACGUUCUUGUUUGUCACGGAUAAAACUAAUAUUUAUCCGCGAAAAUUAACGUUUGGUAGCUCACUCGCGAAAGCGGUUUCGACCGGCCUUUCUUGGGAGACUGGUAAAACUACAAUGCAUAUGCUAGCGUCAAACGGAUCCGUAAUGGACCUGGAGUCUGAGUCGGUAAAAAUUAAAGCGCACUACUGCGGAGACAUGUUGAUAACAGACCUGGCUGCCACUUUAAGCUUUGUGGAGCUUUGUGAGGAGGUGAGAACGAUGUGCAGCCUUACCAGACAGCAACCCUUCACACUCAAGUGGAUUGAUGAUGAAGGAGACCCUUGUACCAUUUCAUCUCCACUGGAACUUGAGGAGGCAUUUCGUAUUUAUAAUCGCAACAAAAGAACUGGACUGCUCUUGCAUGUCUUCCCAAGUAUUCCAGAGAAGCCUGGAAUGCCAUGCCCUGGAGAGGACAAAUCAAUCUAUCGUCAAGGAGCUAGAAGAUGGAGGAAACUCUACCGGGUCAACGGGCACCUCUUCCAGGCCAAGCGCUUUAACACGAAAGCCUACUGUGGCCACUGCAGUGAAAGGAUAUGGGGGCUUGGCGGACAAGGCUACAAGUGUAUCAACUGCAAACUGCUGGUCCAUAAGCGCUGUCACAGACUCAUCCCUCAGACCUGCCAAAGGCUUAUGGAUCCAGCUAUGCCCUCACAGGAGCCCCCUUCAGAUGCAAAGAGUGAAGAGGUGGACCUUCCACUGGAUGACACAGAGGACAGAGAUGGAAGACUGUAUUUACCACACAAUUGUACAGUGGACAAAAUAGAAGAGACAGAUGCAGAGGACAUAAAAUCAGUGGUGGAUGGAAUUGAUGGCAUCAAGCUGUCUCAAGGCUUUGUCCUGGGGUUAGGAGACUUCGAACUGAUCCGAGUUAUUGGGCGUGGCAGUUACGCCAAGGUGCUGCUGGUUCGCUUAAAGAAGAAUGAUCAGGUUUAUGCCAUGAAGGUGGUGAAGAAGGAGUUGGUUCAUGACGAUGAGGAUAUUGACUGGGUGCAGACAGAGAAGCAUGUCUUUGAGCAAGCUUCUACAAAUCCAUUCUUAGUAGGCCUCCAUUCCUGUUUCCAGACGGAAAGUCGGUUAUUUCUUGUGAUUGAAUAUGUGAAUGGUGGGGACUUGAUGUUUCAUAUGCAACGUCAAAGGAAGCUCCCUGAAGAGCAUGCAAGAUUUUAUGCUGCUGAAAUCUGCAUAGCUCUAAACUUCCUGCAUGAGAAAGGCAUCAUCUACAGAGACCUGAAGCUGGACAAUGUUCUUUUGGACCAUGACGGACACAUCAAACUUACGGACUAUGGCAUGUGCAAGGAGGGAAUCAGACCAGGGGACACAACCAGUACUUUUUGUGGAACACCCAACUACAUUGCACCAGAAAUACUCAGAGGAGAAGAUUACGGCUUCAGUGUAGACUGGUGGGCCUUAGGGGUGCUAAUGUUUGAAAUGAUGGCUGGGAGAUCACCGUUUGACAUCAUCACCGACAAUCCUGACAUGAACACCGAGGAGUACCUCUUUCAAGUUAUUCUCGAGAAGCCCAUUCGCAUCCCAAGGUCCCUGUCAGUUAAGGCUGCCAGUGUGCUCAAGGGUUUUCUGAACAAGGAUCCUAAGGAGCGGCUGGGUUGCCAGGUCGAGACAGGCUUCACAGAUAUCAAGUCCCACACAUUUUUCCGCAGUAUAGACUGGGAGCAGCUGGAGAAGAAGGAGAUGACGCCACCCUUCAAACCUCAAAUCUCAGAUGACUACGGCCUUGAAAACUUUGACACACAAUUUACUAAUGAGCCAGUACAACUAACACCGGAUGAUGAGAGCGUCAUCAAGAGAAUAGACCAGUCGGAGUUUGAUGGAUUUGAAUACAUCAACCCACUUCUUCUGUCUACUGAAGAGUCUGUAUGAAGGAGAUGAGGGUCUCCAUGUAGUUUGUACUUACAGCCAAUGCCUCUUGCAAGGCAUCCCAAGAACAAGAGGAAGAACGCUUCUCUCCGGACCUCGUCAGCUAAGCAAAUGUUGCAACGUGAAAUGAAAUGUUUCUUCCUGCACUAAUGGGAUACCAGAUUCUUUAUUUUCUUGGUAUCUGCAACAAAUAGUCACUCCACUCGAAGAACAUUCCCCCUGGAUUUGCCAUCCUACCCUUUUUCAGUCGUUUUGGUUCCUUUCAAGCCACAGAAUGUCCACUUUGGUGUCCCAACUUUUUCGACACCCUUUUAUUCAGUUGCACAUUUCUGGAUGAACCACAGCUUCUGUGAAAGACUUGAACAUUUUACAUACUCUUGGCAAUUUCUUUUUUAAUCUCAUUGGGAGGAGCGGUGAAUCAUUUAAAAUAAGAAUGUAUAAUGUUGAAUGAAAGUUUCAGUUAAUUGCGAAUGAUCAUGUAGGUAUUCAAUCCAAAUUUGACGAUGCCUUUUUUAUUGAUGCAAGUGGCCCUUUUUCAUCCAUAACAAAUAAUUUCGUGAAUUUUGCUUUUUAAAUUUAAUUUAAGAAGUGCCUCACAGAUCGAACAAAUUCCCUUGUUUUUGAUUGCACUUAACCUGACCCAUCCAGAAUAGUCAGAAUAUAAUAGUCUGUGACUUGCCAGGUUCUCUUUGGAGCUCUACAGACAGAGGGAAUUGUUUUGUUUUUUGAAUCAAUAAAUUCCGAAGCACAGGUACGUUGCCAAACCCGACGUCGGAAAUGUCUUCAAAACGUGAGCCACCGGUUUUGAUGAGUUAAUGGCUUGUGAGAAAGUUUCCCGGUUUGCACAUUACAUUGCAGGGUUAAGUAAGUUUAAAAUUUGACGAAUGAUUUCUAACAAGCAAAAGUGUGUCGCGUAGAAUUGUUUAGCCCAGUAGUUCUCAACUGUUGUCACACUUGAUCCACAUUUGUUUACUGCUGCAAAGUCCCGAUCCGCUUUUAUAGAAGUAAAAUAAAGAAAAUGUAUUGUUAAAAAUAGCUUCUAAAAACAUACUGUACUUUUGAAAAUGUCUAUUUUUAUAUUGCAUUCAUUUUAUUUCAGAAAAUGGCACAUUAAGUGAGUGUGAACAUAACUGCAUUCAUAAAAGUGAGCAAAGUCAAAUUAAAUAUCCAUAAAUUGAAUUCUAUUCAGAAAAGUACAAAUUAACUGGGUAUGCCAUUGUGUCUGUUAGCCAGAGGCUGAGCAUGGGGCAUGUUACACUUGACUUGUUCCUAAUAUGUUCCAUGUGGGGACCUGGGUAGCCUUUGUAUAGUAUGAAAAUCUAAAAAACAAAAAAGAUUAAUACAUGUAAGUGUCACACCCCAAGUAAAAACAUUUCUGAUGCAUGCCUUUCAAAAUAAAUAACUUAUCGUCACACAAGCUGGAACAUCAAAUUUUUAUCGCUAACUUAUGCUAACAUAGUAUUAAUCUCAUCAUGAUCGCAAUUAUUUGGUUGAAUAGCACCAUGCAUAUGAACAGAGGAGGGUAAUAAAGCAUUGCCGUAAUUUCUGGACUAUAAAGCGUACCUGAUUAUAAGCCGCACCGGCCAAAUUUCACAAGAUAUUAGAAAAAAAAUCUACAUACACAGUGGGGCAAAUAAGUAUUUAGUCAACCACUAAUUGUGCAAGUUCUCCCACUUGAAAAUAUUACAGAGGCCUAUAAUUGUCAACAUGGGUAAACCUCAACCAUGAGAGACAGAUUGUGGGAAAAAAAAACAGAAAAUCACAUUGUUUUAUUUUUAAUGAAUUUAUUUUGAAAUCAUGGUGGAAAAUAAGUAUUUGGUCAAUACCAAAAGUUCAUUUCAAUACUUUGUUAUGUACCCUUUGUUGGCAAUAACGGAGGCCAAACGUUUUCUGUAACUCUUCACAAGCUUUUCACACACUGUUGCUGGGAUUUUGGCCCAUUCCUCCAUGCAGAUCUCCUCUAGAGUAGUGAUGUUUUGGGGCUGUCGUUGGGCAACACGGACUUUCAGCUCCCUCUAUAGAUUUUCUAUGUGGUUGAGAUCUGGAGACUGGCUAGGCCACUCCAGGACCUUAAAAUGCUCCUCACAAAGCCACUCCUUUGUUGCCCUGGCUGUGUGUUUGGGAUCAUUGUCAUGCUGAAAGACCCAGCCACGUCUCAUCUUCAAUGCCCUUGCUGAUGGAAGGAGAUUUUCACUCAAAUCUCUCGAUACAUGGCCCCAUUCAUUCUUUCCUUUACACAGAUCAGUCGUCCUAGUCCCUUUGCAGAAAACCAGCCCCAAAGCCUGAUGUUUCCACCCCCAUGCUUCACAGUGGGUAUGGUGCAAUUCAGUAUUCUUUUUCCUCCAAACACGAUAACCUGUGUUUCUACCAAAAAGUUCUAUUUUGGUUUCAACUGCCCAUAACACAUUCUCUCAGUCCUCUUCUGGAUCAUCCAAAUGCUCUCUAACGAACCACAGACGGGCCCGGACGUGUACUUUCUUCAGCAGGGGGACACGUCUGUCUGGCAGUGCAGGAUUGGAGUCCCUGGCGGCGCAUUGUGUUACUGAUAGUAGCCUUUGUUACUGUGGUCCCAGCUCUCUGUAGGUCAUUCACUAGGUCCCCUCGUGUGGUUCUGGGAUUUUUGCUCACAGUUCUUGUUAUCGUUUUGACGCCACGGGGUGAGGAGGAAGUUGAAAGUCUGUGUUGCACAACGACAGCCCCAAAACAUCACUGCUAUAGAGGAGAUCUGCAUGGAGGAAUGGGCCAAAUUUAUUAUUAUGACCAAAUACUUGUUUUUCACCAUGAUUUGCAAAUAAAUUCUUUAAAAAUCAAACAAUGUGAUUUUCUGGGUUUUUCUUUCCACAUUCUGUCUCUCAUGGUUGAGGUUUACCCAUGUGGACAAUUACAGGCCUCUCUAAUAUUUUCAAGUGGGAGAACUUGCACAAUUAUUGGUUGACUAAAUACUUAUUUGCCCCACUGUAUGAGUCGCACCGGGGUAUAAAUUGCAUUUUUGGGGGAAAUUUAAUUGAGAAAAUCCAACA